GUUCAAAACAAACCAUAGAGUGCAAGCUACGAUCUGCUGCUACGAAGUACGAUACAAUACUGUGAUGAUAGCGGCUGAACAUCAGUUGGAGAAUGUAGGCGAAUGGACGUUACAAAUAAUUGAGGCACUCGUUUACAAUACACAGAAAACAUGGACUUUGAGACAGCUUUGGUGAAAGUUGGUGAUUUUGGCUUCCAGCAGAAGUUACAAGUUGGUUUGUUGACAUUGUCCCAAGUAACAUUAACACCACAGCUGAUAGGUCUUGUUUUCUUGGGAGCCACGCCACCAUUCACUUGUAAAGAUUUUCCCAAUGAACAGGAUCCUUGCUCGUUGAAUCCACCUUGCAAAGAGUACGAGUAUGGUCCCCAGUUUACUUCCAUUGUAUCAGAGUGGAACCUUGUUUGUGGAGAUGCACCAGCUGUGGGCCACAUCCAGUCGUAUUUCAUGAUUGGUGUCUUGUUGGGUAGCGUCAUAUUCGGUGGUCUGUGCGAUUCAUUUGGACGUCGCAAGGUGUUUUUGUAUUCUACUUUAACCAUUGCUACAAUAACUUGUCUUAGUUACUUUAUCCAGUCUUACUAUGUAUUUUGCAUAUCAAGGUUUAUUGAUGGAUUUCUGACUGGCGGUAUGAUUAUGUCAACAUAUGUUCUAGGAACAGAAUGUAUUGCAGGGUCUUAUCGAGUUAUCUGCGGAAGUCUUUAUGGUGUAUUUUUUGCUGUUGGCAUAGUGUUGUUUUCACUGGAAGCAUAUUUCAUAAACAAUUGGAGGCAUCUGAUGUUGGUCACAUCUUUCCCUCUCUAUCUUCUGAUUUUUAUGGCCUGUGUCAUACCUGAAUCACCAAGGUGGCUUUACUCACAGGGUCGGAUAUCAGAAGCAGAAGAUAUUCUAAAUGUAAUUGCACAUCGAAAUGGUAACAUUGUUAAGGUGACACUAGAAGUAAACAAAGAGGGCUCUGCCAAGAAUCCAAACUCAACCUAUUCAGAUUUCUUCCGAACACCAAUAAUCAGGAAACAAAUUUUGAUUCAGAUAUUUUUAUGGUUUUCUUGUAGCUUUGUCUACUAUGGUUUAACAAUGAGUUCUGGAAACCUUGGCAAGAACAUGUACUUAAAUGUCGCCCUCUCUGGUUUGUCUGAAUUGCCAGGAUAUUUUCUGUGUGUUGUUUUCAUCGAUAGAGUUGGUAGAAGGACAUUUUUGAGUUCAUGUUUUCUUGUAGGAGGCGGCGCCUGCAUUGGUAUGCUACUUAAACCCUUCUACUCAGGUGUUGAUGGUGAUAGUGUAAUAGUAAUUUAUCUUGCCAUGGUUGGUAAAUUGUGCAUAUCUGCUUGUUUCAAUACUGCUUACAUAUACUCAAGUGAACUUUUACCAACAGUGCUGAGAAACUCUGGACUUGGAGUUUGUUCAGCUGCAGCUCGUGUUGGUGGUAUUGUGGCUCCAAUAGCUGCCACUAUGGGAUUCAAUUCAACGUAUGCUCUUUUUGGAGGAGCUGGCCUUCUUAGUGGGUUUCUAGUACUGCAACUCCCAGAGACUAUUGGUAGAAGUUUACCUGAAACCAUUGAGGAUGUUGAAAUUCCACCUAAAGUUCAACAUGCUGUAACAGCUGAGGUCACUAAGGAAGUCGUUGCAGCUAUGGAGGAGAAACUGAGUAUGUUAGAUUAUCCAGAUGGUAAUGAAACAGCAUAAAUCUCAUAAUAAAUAAAUAAUAAAAUAAACAAAAAAUUAAAAGAAAAACCACACAUUCAAACUUUUUGGCACUGGUUGCAAAAUCCAUAUGAGCUAGAUGGACAGUAGCCUUCAGUAUUGAAGUUUGUCCAUUAAUGGAAGAAGAUGAGGCUUAUUUAUGAUGCUAACCAUUUUCCAAAUAUAAGCAUCAACAGCCCAGUAAGUAACCCAGGAUUAUUAUUAGAAAUUUUACGGUAAUUGUUUUCAGAAAGGAUGUCUAAAGUGCUUUACAAUGUAUUCUUUAAUGAUAAUAAUUUACGUAAAUAUUGAUAUAUUGUUGAAGUUGACAAGACAGGGUGAAGAUCAUAUAAAUGCUGAACUACAUAUUUCAAUGCAAAAUAAAUAAUAAAAUAUUAUAUUUAUUAAUAAUGCUACUAAUGUAAACAGUUGUAAACUGUAUUUUCCAUUACUGGUCCAAACGUUUGUAAUAUUACAUUUUUAAUUCUUAUAUCACUAUAUGUACAAAUAAUGAAACUGUUUUUUUUCACACUCUAAUCUUUCAUAAUCAUGGUAUUAAGGACCGUAUGAUUUAAUUAAUGCACAUAUUGAAGGUGAAAUUAAUGACAUAAUUGGCAUUGUCUUUCAAUGUACCAUUCUUUUCCAAAUUUGAGAUUUUUUCUUUCACUUUCAAAAUGAUGUAUAUUUUAUUUUUAAAAUUGUAUAUGUAUAUUUGUUCAUGUUUAUACUGUUACUCUUUAUAGUAACCCACUACUCUAAUAGUAACCCAUCUUAAAAACAAUCAAAGAAUAUUAACCCAGGAUUAUUAUUAGAAAUUUUAUGGUAAUAGUUUUCAAAUGAUGUGUCCCACAAUUUACAAUUUAUGCAUAAAUGAUAAUAAUUUAAGUAAAUAUUGAUAUAUUGUCGAAAAUGACAAGGCAGGGUGAAGAUUUAUAAUAAAUAUUGAACUACAUAUUUCAAUGCAAAAUAAAUAAUAAAAUAUUAUAUUUAUUAAUGCUACUAAUGUAAAAAUUGUAAACUGUAUGUUCCAUUACUGGCCAAAACUUUUGUAAUAAAUACAUUUUUAAUCCUUAUGUCACUAUAUGUACAAAUCAUGAAACUUUUUUUUCAUAAAUCAAAUCUUUCAUAAUCAUGGUACUGUAUUGAGGUUCUGCUUAAAUUAAUGCACACAUUGAAGUUGAAAUCAAAUACACAUUUGACAUUGUCUUUCAACUUAUCGUUCCUUUCCAAAUUCAAGAUUUUUCUUUCACUUUUAAAAAGAUAUAAUUAUAUUUUUUUAAAUAUAUUUGUAUAUUUGUUCAUGUUUUUAUUGUACGUCAGUACCACCUGGUUUAAGAAUUGUUACCGUUUCCAUUAAUGCCAUCUGAUGGUUUGAUGUAAAUUUUAUUCAAAGUUUUCAUUUUCUUCUGUAGAGUAGAGGUAAUGUAUCAAGUUUUAAUAGUAAUAUAAUUAUAUAUAUAUGGUCAUGUGUACUUUGAAGUACAUGAGAAACAAAGGGUUGAACUAGAUACUGUACACAUUUAAAGGUGUUCGUAAGUCUUUCUACAUACAACUUGUAAAUAUAAACAAAAUUUUAAAGUAGCAAUAUGUCUAUAUAAUUUGAAAAUCAUCUCAAUGUAUUUUUAUUACUGCACAAACAAUCCAAUCAAUUCAUAUCAGGGGCUCGUACGAUCCUUAUAUCACUGAUCCUUUAUUCGAGCACUGUUUUUACCAUUAUUUGAUUAUUUAUAUGAUUAUAUACCAUACCACAGUUCUACGCAACAACCUUGAUUCCAUAUAUAAAUCCCGCCAGAGACACGUUUUUACAUAUAACUGCAAUAAAGGAACUUUUCGUUGAUGAGCUAUGCUCAUUACGAUUAUUACAUCAUGUAUAUAUGUAUGGUGAUACUGUCUAUAUUUAUUAUUUACAAGUAACAAGUGUCAUUCUUCAAAUGUUUUGAAUAUCUUAAAUGAUUGCAUAAGUGCCUACCAUCCAAUAAACACAGUUUUCUUCACCCAGCUGCUGCUUCUCAA